AUUAUCGACGAAGCUAUUUACAACCAAGUCCACGUUACUGGACUAUUAAACCGCUAUAACAGCUACCUACCAACUUACCUACCUAAGGUACACACACCUAUCCAGGAAAACCCAACCCACCACAUUUACUGGUCGUUUCCCUCUUUUUUCAAGGAGGCAACUUGUUGCCAGUUUCUAUUCUUUCCAAAGGUUGAUCCUUAGGCCGAUUUUCCAUUCUCUCUAUUUUUCUCUCUUUAUUUGCAUUUGCAUAAGCCAAAGAAUCCUUGCUAUCAAAUUCUGCCCUCCGAACCGAAGUCCUCUCUGCCGAACAUUGAAAAUUUCCAAGACAAAUUUUAUAUUCGUCCUGGAGUUUUCAUCAUCGGCUGUCGUUGAUACUGCACUUGGUAGUAUCUUCGAGAGAGGACCUUCGUACACUCAUUACAGAUUUUUAAUUAGCUCGGCAAAUGUUGUAUGGUACAACAAGGGCGUGUGAUACAGCAAACAGCAUCUAGCGAUUGAAUUUUCAAGCAUACCUGAGGCGAGCAUUUACUCGCACAUAUACCAAGACACAUACGCAGUUAGAUUCCGGACACCUCCACUUCCCAGUGGUUUUACGAUUUCCUUGGUUCUUUCUCCGAUAUAGAAAAGCAGUUCGUUCAAGAUGGCAAUUCCGAGUUCGAGAUGGAAUAUCCGGUGGGCAGCUAUAUUGGCGACGGCAUUUGUUAGCGGAGUACUAGGUGAUAGCCUCCUAGUCACGAGUGGAUUCGCCAAUUGCAAAACCAAUAGCAACAUCAACAUACAACAGGUCGACUUUUCUUACAACAAUGACGCACAGCUAAUAAGCUUCGACAUGUCGGGCGUGAGCGACAAGCAGUACAACGUAUCCAUAACGCUCGCCGUAACCGCAUACGGACACGACGUCUAUUCGAAUACGUUCAACCCCUGCGAGUCCGCGACGUUUUUUGGCCAGCUGUGUCCUAUUCCGAAGGGAGUAUUCAAUUCUACCGGCAGCCAGUCAGUCCCUGCGCAGUAUAGCAAUGCUAUUCCCGGUAUUGCAUUCCAGAUGCCCGACAUCGUAGCCCAAGCAACGCUCCAAUUGAAGCCAUUGGGCGAAACGAAGGAUGCAGGCUGCAUACACGCCCAGGUAACGAACAAAAAGACGGCUCACGUGGCCGCGGUCUCCUAUGUGGCCGCCAGUGUAGCCGGAGUGGCUUUGUUAAUGGGCAGCGCAGGAGCAGUGGGAUCCGCCAUGUCUGGAGGAGCCAGUGCGGCUGGUAGCGGCGCCGGCGCGGGUGGCUUCAGUCCAAGUUUUGUGGAGGUCUUCGGUGUAUUCCAAGGAUUUGCGGUAAACGGUUUGAUGUCGGUUCAGUUACCGGAGGUCUACCAGAGUUUCACUCGAAACUUUGCUUUUUCCACGGGCCUGAUUCCAUGGACGCAGAUGCAAAUUUCCAUCGACAACUUCAGAGCGAUGACGGGCGGUAAUCUAACCAAUGACAGCGUCGAAUAUCUUCAAAAGUCUAAGCUUCUCGCCGCCAGUGGUUCGAGUGGGAAUAGCACACUUGCUAGCCGUGCCAUUCGAGACCUGGUUUACCUCGCAGCCCGCGACACAGAAGACGACGACUCAUCAAGCCCCGAAGAUGCGAUCCAUAAUGCUUUGACCGGUAUUCAGAGAUACGUCCAACAGUUGACCGUACCGCAAGCCAAUACCUUCAUGACAGUUCUGCUAAUCGUUGCCAUCGUCAUCGGCGUCAUCGUGGUGGGCAUUCUGCUAGUGAAGGUCAUCCUAGAAGCUUGGUCUUUAUACGGCAACUUCCCCGAAUCGUUAUCCGGCUUCCGCAAGCAUUAUUGGAACUCAAUCGCCCGCGCCAUCACGUCUCUUAUCCUGGUACUCUACAGCAUUUGGGUUUUGUACUGUGUAUUCCAGUUCACACAUGGAGAUUCCUGGGGUGCCCAGACACUUGCGGGCGUCACGCUGGUCAUUUUCACCGGUAUCUUAGCCUUCUUCUCGUGGAAGAUCUGGAGCAUAGCAAAUAGGCUCAAGAAUGCCGAGGGUGAUGUUGCCAGCUUAUAUGAGGACAAGAAGAUCUGGGUGAAAUACUCGAUGUUCUAUGAAUCGUACAGGAAGGAUUACUGGUGGAUUUUCGUCCCGGUCAUUCUCUACAUGUUCGUUAAGGGGUUCGUUCUCGCCGCUACCGACGGUCAUGGCAUGGCGCAGUCAAUCUGUCUGCUCUUGGUGGAAGGAGCCAUGUUGGCGCUGUUGGCCUGGGCCAAGCCCUUUGAGCGCAAGUCGGGCAAUGUUAUCAACAUCUCGAUCCAGGCCGUCCGGUUCCUUUCCGUGGUCUGCGUCUUCAUUUUUGUCGAGGAAUUCGGCAUUGCCCAGUCAACACAAACAGUAGCCGGCGUGGUUUUGAUUGUUGUACAAUCCAUUCUAGCCGCAUCCCUCGCGGUCCUCAUCGGAUGGAACGCCAUCGUGGCUCUUUGCAAACAGAACCCGCACCGCAAGCGCAGAAAGGAGAUGGAGAAGAUGAAUCGUGAUUUCGAUUCACUUACACCCCUGGACGCGCGCAACUCGCUACUUUUGGAACGCAUCAAGACCGGCCAGUCUGGCAUCACCAUUAGUUUCAGCGCCCCCGCCUCCGAUGAUAAGAAACCUAUUGAACAGGAUUCAUCGGCUAGCAGAUAUACGGGUGUCACCGUAGAGUCGGCUGCCAGUCCCUACUCGCCCUUAGGCGAUCCGUUCCAAAGAUCGCUGACACCGACGAUGUCAAUAGGGGGAGCGAACCAGAGCCGCGAGAGCCUUGUCUCAGGCAUGCCUAGUGCACGACAGUCGGGAACGCCGAGUUUAGGAGGGGCUAAUGGUAGCCUUGGCCAGAAAAAAUGAAAGUGAAAUUCGGGUUAUCGGGCACCCGGGGGUUCUUGAGGUUCUUGAAGGUUCUUGAGGUAGGGAGCAAAACAGGAGCAGAAUGAACGUAUGGGAGUAGUGGGUUGUUAAAAGAACUCACCGGAGUAAUCGAGAUGGUAGAUGGGCUCGAGCAGGUGUAGCACGCGCUAUCAUGUAUGUGGCCACGAACGCUGUAUAAACACGACACACUUCUACCUUAUAUCUACCUACCUCUUUGAGCUCUCACCGGCAAAUGGAGUUUUUGGAGGCUUACAUAGACAUCACAUCAUCCACCUUUUUAUUUUAUUAUUUGUCGUUUUUGAAAGUAGAAUUGAAUUAGCCAUCCCAACAUUUCUCUGCGCAGUAUAUAGCUGAACCUGUAAUUAAAUUGUAGUAUCGGGGAUGGCGUUCAUAUGGGCGAGGGGGUUGAAGAAGUGAGGUUAGGUUAGCAACAUUGAAGUGUGUAACAAUUGUAGAUGUCUUGAAUUAUGUACCUAGGUACUGAUUAUCUAAUCAGAUGUACG